AUGUCUUCUUCGUAUCACUCGACGAGCAGCCUUCUGAGUGGUGGAGAGAGCAACAGUCCGAGCACAGGAAGUAACAGCAGCACACCAACCAACUCCCCUCGUUUCAUACCCUGUUCUUCUUCCUCCCAUCAACAUUUGGAAAGUAAUCAUCAGAACAACAAUGGCACAAGUCUUGGUCGGACUCUCUCAAGAUCUUCUACUCCAUUACGGGAACAGAGGAAUAACAACAAUAAUCAGAGCGGAUCAUCAUCGGAACAUAAUGUCCAUCAUCUUUCUCCGAGACAGCAACAACAACAGCAAUCAUCACCAUUAUCCAUCGGUUCACCCUCCGAAGCUAGGCUUGUGAUGGAUCAAUUGGACAUGACUCAACUUGUGCAUGAAAAUAGCCAAAACUUACCUACCACAACCAAUCCCUCUUCAUCCUCUUCCUACGUGGCUAUUGCUGAUCCACCGUCCUCAGCGAGAAGUCAACUCAGCGCUGAGCUACAACAUUUAAGAUCUGUCUCCGAUCCAACCUCUCUAGUGACUACCAUGAGUAUUUCUCAUAUUCAGAAUAAUUUGACAAAUAAUAAUAAUAAUAUAACUUUGCAAAUGAAUGUACAACAACAGAGAAUGCCUUCUUCACCAUCAUCGGUAUCCUCACAAAGUAGGAGUUAUGUUUUUGUAAUGGCUGAAAAUAAUGUAAAAUUACAAAAAGCAAAACUGACAUUUGGAAAGGAGCAUUCUUCGAAAAUACCCUCCUUGUUUAAUAAUGCGGAGUUGAGUGAUUUCAAAAUAAUUUUGAAACAUUCAUCAAAAUUGAAUUUAUUGAAUUGUUUGGGCACAAGCGGAAAUGCUGGUGAUAACUCUACCAGCGAAAAGAACGAGUCUUCGAGUACCGAAGCUGAAGACGUCAACAUUUCUUCAUCGAGUAUUACCACCAGCACAUGCGGCAAUGGAGUGAGUGGCAACACCAUGCUACCACAUUGCUUACAAAAUGCAAAUCAAUUCGAGGAGGAGCUUUCGAUACGAACAAUGCCAGAGAAGCCCUUUGUCACAUUUACUGAGCUACAUGUCAAUAAGGCAAUUUUAGCCUUAUACAGCCCCUUUUUUAUGAAAAUGUUUUUCGGUGAUAUGAAAGAGAAAACGAGUACUCAAAUAGAAAUCUAUGACCACUCUGUGAUUGAGUGUGAAGGAUAUGAUCAUAACGUGAACGAAAUUGGAUAUGAAGAUGUCAGAAUAUUUUGUAUCAUGAUACAGAGCAUGUAUAAUCUUCAAGUUGAAUGCUUGGAAUGCGAUUUGGCUCCUCUCUUGGAGACAGCUGACAAGUACAUGUUUGGAGAUUUAGUGACACUCUGUGAAGCUUAUUUAGAGAAAAAUUUGAAUGAGUUCAAUGUACUAUCAUGUAUAUUUUUAGAAAAUUCCAAGUAUCAAUCACUCAAAACUAAGGCGAGCCGAUUUAUUGCCCAAAAGUUUUUCAUUAUUUGUAAGAAUGGACAGUUAAAUCUCAUUGGAGACAUUGAGACUGUAUUGAGCAUCCUUUCGAGGGAUGAUCUAAAUGUCAGGACAGAAGACGAUAUUCUUCAUGCUGCUCUGCAAUGGAUUGAAUACGAUUUUGCUACACGAAAGAAAUACUUUCCAACCAUUUUGAAUCACAUACGGUUACAAUAUUUAUCACCAAGUUGUUUGAAUCAUUUAAUUUCUCUCCCAGAAAAAUACGUUCCAGAUAUGGAAUUAACAGUCAAGUUACUGAAGAAAAUUGCAAAGGCCAUGAGCUGCCAACUCAACACCAUUGUUCAAAAAGUAGAAAAGGCCAACCAACAAUUAGCACUGCAUAAGAGUCAGCCGUCAUUAGCAUUGAUCACAUCACUCGCCAAUAGUAAGGAUGCCAAAGAUUCGAAAGAUUUGUUAUCGCCAAGCCUCAAUACAAGUUUGCCCGUCAUUCAAAACUUGGAACAAAUUUCUGUUCUGAGCCCUACCUCCAUAUUCGACAGUUCUGAAGUGAUUGGAGCCUCCAAUAAUGGAGAGGAUGAUUUUAUUAGCACAAAACCUAGACAUCAUGUAAGCGGUAUUGUGACUGGAUUUGAUGUGUUAAUGAUGGGCAAGGAUCUUAAAAUUUCAAACGAUCAAAAGACUCUUUGCAAAGUGAAUACAGAUGGAUGGUCGGUCAAUUUAUGUGUUGAACCGGUGAGAAUGGGACAACGAAAGGAGCUGCACAUUAAGGUGAAUAAGACCAUACAUGGAAUAAUUAACAUUGGAAUUUGUAAAUGUGAUGUGAAUUUAAAUGGUAACCUCAAUUAUGAGAAUGGCUGGUGCUAUUAUUUGUACAAUGGGCAUACGUGCCACAAUUUUCACUCGUUAAAUUAUGAUGGAGUGGCAUGUGGAACCAAUGAUUGUUUCAAAGUUCAAUUGGAUUUACGAUACAAUGGUACAUUAUCGUUUGCUAGAAACGGUCAACCCUUGGGAAUUGCAUUCUCUGAUCUUUGCAAAAAGCUUAAUGGAGAGGACGAUGUGUUUUAUUUUGCCGUAGCUCUGUACAGCUCUGGAGAUUCGGUCUCAAUUAUUAAAAAUUGA